AUGUCAACUCAGACUGUUCAACGUACCCUUAAAAACAAACUUAAUUAUAUAGUUUGUAAGCUACGAGCUAUUUCUCUUCUUAAACCAAAUUAUAUUAAAGCUCGUCUUCAAUGGGCUUUAAGGCAUAACCAAGAUGAUUG